AUGAUGAUGAUGAUGAUGAUGAUGAUGAUGAUGAUGAUGAUGAUGAUGAUGAUGAUGAUGAUGAUGAUGAUGAUGAUGAUGAUGAUGAUGAUGAUGAUGAUGAUGAUGAUGAUGAUGAUGAUGAUGAUGAUGAUGAUGAUGAUGAUGAUGAUGAUGAUGAUGAUGAUGAUGAUGAUGAUGAUGAUGAUGAUGAUGAUGAUGAUGAUGAUGAUGAUGAUGAUGAUGAUGAUGAUGAUGAUGAUGAUGAUGAUGAUGAUGAUGAUGAUGAUGAUGAUGAUGAUGAUGAUGAUGAUGAUGAUGAUGAUGAUGAUGAUGAUGAUGAUGAUGAUGAUGAUGAUGAUGAUGAUGAUGAUGAUGAUGAUGAUGAUGAUGAGCAUAAUAAAUCAUGAUAAUCAUAAUUACUUCAUCAUAAUCAAUUCAAUUUGA